AUGGUGCACACAGAACAUGCCGAGGUGAUUGUGGUUGGGGCCGGCAUUGGGGGUCUCGCCGCAGCAAAGACGUAUCUUGAACUGUCACCAGGCACCAGCUUGCUACUUAUAGAAAAGCGACCAACUUUAGGCGGCGUCUGGGCGGAAGAAAACUGCUACGAAGGCCUCAAGACUAACAAUCUUGGGGGUACGUAUGAGUUCAGUGACUUUCCUAUGGGUGAGAAGUACGGCGUCAAAGAAGAUGGCCAUAUCUCUGGAUACACGCUCCACCGGUAUCUGAACGACUUUGCCGAUCACUUUGAUUUGCGUCGGCGGAUGCAUUUCAACACGCGCAUCCUGCAAGCAGAGAAACUCGACAGUGGAUGGAGACUGUACGCCGAAAGCACAACUGGAGGAAAGGGCUCUGGCCCACUCCGGUAUACCUGCUACAAGCUCAUCGUCAGCAGUGGGUUAUCCUCCACCCCAAAUCCCGUCAACAUCGACGGUAAAGAGGAUUUCAACCGGCCCAUCAUCGACCACACCCAGCUACGGUCUGAAGGUGCUAGAAUAGCACAGAAUCCGGCCGUCAAGUCAGUGACUGUCGUGGGCGCAUCCAAAACCGGAUAUGAUGUUGUUCAUCUGAUGGCGUCCAAUGGUAAAAAGGUAGACUGGAUCAUCCGCGAGUCUGGCGGCGGCGGUGUCUGGAUGGCUUCGCCUUGGGUGCCAUUUGCAGGCGCUAUCACGAAGCUCGAGCUCCUUGCAACGAUGCGCUACUUCACGUGGUUUAGUCCGUGCGUAUGGGGCGGUUUUGAUGGGUUCUCCUGGAUCCGCAAGCUGCUGCAUCAAACACGCAUCGGAAGAUGUCUGUUCUGGUCAGCCAGAGUGGGUAUCCUCAACUACCCGUCCGACAUCCACGACUAUCUCCGGUCUGGCCAGGUCAAGAUCACCAUAAAGGACAUCGAUCACUUGUCAGCUCCAGGAUUAGUCACUUUCUCCGAUGGUACCAGCAUCCAGACAGACGCUUUGGUUGCCAUCACAGGCUGGAAGCUAGGCUCGACACUGGAAUACAAACCCGACGGCCUGGAUGCUCAACUCGGCAUUCCCAGCAGCUAUUCCGACACAAAAGAGAACGCAUUCUGGGAGCAACUAGACUCCGAAGCGGAUAAGGAAAUCCUCGGUCGAUUCCCAUACCUUCGCAAUCCGCCCUCCAGGAUCCCCUACAAGCAGAAUGUGACCCCCUUCCGUCUAUACAGAGGCAUUGCGCCGCCCAGCCUCACCACGCUAGGCGACUAUUCGCUCGCCUACAUGAAGAUGGUUCACAGUACUAGCAAUGUGAUUAUUGCCGAGACCCAGGCGCUGUGGGUGUAUGCGUACUUGAACGGUAAGCUCCGGAUUGACGCGGCAGAUGUUUACAGACAAACGGCCCUUAUGAGUCGAUAUGGCAAGCAUCGCUAUCCUUGCGGGUUUUCGGAGUGGUACCCGGAAUUUGUCUAUGAUGCAAUUCCGUAUGCAGAUAUGCUUCUCUCGGACUUGGGGGUUAGGAGCUGGCGGAAACCAACAUGGAGGAGGGAGAUGUUUGAGGGAUAUACUAUCCAUGACUAUAGGGGGAUUAAUCGGGAAUGGGCGAGCCGUGGAUGA